UGGCCAGGAACCUGGCUGAGACUACAGUUCCCAGAAUGCCGAGCGAACUUGCUCCGGGAGAAGAGUUACUGCAGGGACUGGCCCUUGGGCUGGUUAGUCCUGGUGAGACGCUACUAGAGGCGGUGUACGCGUUUGUUCUCUUGGAGGGACAGCAAGUUAAAAGGGUUAGCCAUGGCGUCUCUGAUAAGAAAGGUGAUCAGCACUGCGAAAGCCCCAGGGGCCAUUGGUCCCUACAGUCAAGCCGUGUUAGUUGACAGGACCAUUUACGUUUCGGGACAGCUGGGCAUGGACCCUGCAAGCGGACAGCUCGUGCCAGGAGGGGUGGCAGAAGAAGCCAAACAAGCUCUUAAAAACAUGGGUGAAAUUCUGAAAGCUGCAGGCUGUGACUUCACUAACGUGGUAAAAACAACUGUUUUGCUGGCUGACAUGAAUGACUUCAACACUGUCAAUGAAGUCUACAAACAGUAUUUCAAGGGUAGUUUUCCUGCAAGAGCUGCUUAUCAGGUUGCUGCUUUGCCCAAAGGAGGCCGUGUGGAGAUUGAGGCAGUGGCUGUCCAAGGACCUCUGACAACAGCAUCGCUCUAAGUGGGUCCAACGUUAUUUAGUCUGGAAUUUUAACAAUGUUUUCAGAUUAACACCUUAAUUUUUACAGUUGACGUUGGAAAGCGUAUGAUUGACUGAAAACAUUUGAGGCCAUUAUGGAAAUACCAUAUAAUAAGGGGAAUUAAGCCUGAACUGGGGAUCAGAUGACAACUCCAGUUACUGGUAUCAUAAAUCACACGCACACUCAUGUUCCUGGAUGUGGGGAAAGAGACGCUCAUUACAUCUAUACACAAAUAAAGGAAAGGGAAAUAAAUCGUAGGAAAGAGGGGUUACUAUUCUUGAUAAGAGCACACGCAAUUCAGUUAAAUCCUGUUAAUUGAAUGAUGUGAAAUACUUAGUUCUCACAUGAGCUAUAUAAUUCUGCUUUACUUGAGUAAAAGUACUAAAAUUUGAAUGGUAGAAGUGAAGGAGAAGAAAGCGGACCACAAUUUUAAUAGAUAAUAUUUUUCUAAUGGAAAUAAAACAGACAUGCAGAUUUUC